AUGGAGAAGGAUGUCGGACCGGCGCAAGAUGCAGGCACAGAUAUCGAGAAUCUUAGCCAGAAGCCACCGAAGAUGGCUUCGCUCAUGGCAAACAAGGAUCAUCCGCAGCGCGAGCUGCUUUUCAAGGCGAUUCACCCUGCGAGUUCUUUGGAGGCAUGGAUGGAAAAAGGCUUACGUCAUGUCGAAGACGACGAAGACGAGUGGCUGGAGGGAUUCGCAGUCUUGCCAACUGCAUACAAGGGAUGCAAUAAGGAGAGCUUGCUUGUCUACGCACCUGGGCCGCAGACACAGGUGUACCCGGUUCCUUUGCAGAUCGCUGACAACGACGAAGGCAUCAAGACGACGACCUGGCACGUUGUAAAGCCGUUCUGCGGCUGGUCUGUGAGGCGGCAGAGCUGUGGAUCGCUGGCAGCUGGGGGCGGGCCUCAUGUUGCGUCGCACCUGACAUGGAUGACCGACACCUCCGCUUCCCCGACUUCUCACGCUGUUGCGGAUGGGCCUGCCAAUGCAUCUUCGGUUGAUCGCACAGACAAGCUUUUCACCUGGUUCUGGCAAGAUGGGGAUACAAAUUGGAUUCCUUUCCGGCGGAGCGAUCAGCAACCGCUGGAGAAGGCGGAAGCUUCGUCAAGUAGCUUCGUGAAUGUCGAGGGUGGGCGGUGGCAAGUUGACCUGAAAGAACGACUGGUGACCGACAGAUAUGGCAGCGAUCCUCCGCGCAAGCAGGGCAAGGUUCGUCGAGCCCUGUGGUUUCAGCAAGCGGCCACUCUGAUCCCCUACGACGAAGAGACGUCCAAAGCAAUUGAAGCAGCUCACGAGCGCGUGUGGCUUGGUGCUAAAGAGGCGUUACCAAAGGAAGACUUGGAAGUUGCAGAAAGUCUGGUGCUGGACUCGGGGAGGCAGGUGACUUUGAAGCUGAAGUACGAGCAGAAGUCCAAGUCCUGGAAGCUGUCAGCAAAGGAGCGGUCGCAGGGCGGAACCUCCUGGAUGGAGUAUGCACAGGGGAUGCUCGGCAAGACCUACCAGCUGCAGCGUGGCUUCGGCCCUGUCGAUCUACAGCCAGGAGAGGAGGAGGAGAAGGCUUUGGGAGACAAUGUGGGAAACUUGAUCAUCUUGGUGCAUGGUGUAGGCGAGAAGAUGUGGAGUGAGGAAGGCUGUGGGCUGGCGUUUUCUUCCGUCCUGUUCCGCCAGCACACGCAUGUCAAGCAGCUGCAAUCUGCAGGUUUUGUGCAGAAGGGCUCCGGCUGGGAGUAUCCAGGGGAAGCACCGCCGCCCAGCUUGCAAAAGGAUGAGGUUCUGGAGGCAUCUUGGUGGGAGACGAUACAUACAGACGAGAUGGAUAAACGCCUUGCGCGGAUCAGCUUGCCGUCCAUGAAGCAGGUGCGGCAAAUUGCGAACUUUGCGGUGGUCGACGCGUUGUACUACAUGCAGGUUGGACGGAAGGAGGCCAUUGUGGCCGCAGUUGCGCGCUCAGUCGAGGCAGCUCUGGCACGAUUUCUGAAGCACCAUCCCCAUCAUUCUGGUAGUAUCGUCCUGGCGGGACAUUCCCUUGGAGGGGCUAUCCUUUUCGAGCUUCUACGCAGCCAGACUCCCAAAUUGAGCUUCACACCUGGAGCCUUAUUCACCAUGGGAAGCCCGACGGGCCUGUUCUUGCACGUUGCAGAUUCAGCUCCAGAAGAGAGUUUCGCUCUUCCUGGGGGCACCCGCUUUUUUAAUAUCUUUCACCCUCUCGAUCCUGUUGCUUACCGCAUCGAGCCCCUCAUCAAGGAGGACCUCGAAAAACUGGAGCCUGCCAAAGUUGCAGUGGAGGGUGGCAUUGGUGGCAUGAAGGUGCACUACGGUGUGCAGAAGAUGAUGAACUGGGCCAGGGGCGAGGACAAGAAACAGGCCGAAUUCAGCGACCUCUGUCAGUCUGUCCAGCUCAAUGCCGGAGACCGCAUUGACUGGUCCUUGCAAGAGGAUCUCAGCAUUAUGACCGUUGCCGGUGUUGCAGGUGAGCUGGUGCAGGCACUUCCGAGCCAUGCCUGCUACAUGAAGUCUGCGGAUGUAGCGGCAUUUGUGCAGAGCCGCACCCAUUCUCUGGCAGUGGCACGACGCUUGGCGUCGAAAGCGUCGAAGACGGAGCCUGCGUCCGAUGCCAACAGGAAACUACUUUUCCACUACACGCACAAGGCGUCCUUCGACAGAAUCGUCAGGAUCUUCGCUUCCGGCGAGGAGAACUCUGAGGACGAGGUCAGUCCAGAGAGAGAGGAAGGGAAUCACGAGACAGCUUACACGCGGAUCAUUGACCAAAUCCAGGCUGAUUGGGACGACCGCCAUGCUGCACAAGGGAACAACAGGAGAAAUGAUCCGGAGCUUCUGGUGCGUGAGCCAGGAAGGUUCGCCUCUAGACAGGCGUUGAACCAGGCACUGUUUGGCAUUCCGAGGCCCGGUGGCACGACGAUGUCAGGCCACAAGCUCGCGGAGGUUGGGAAUUACUGCGUGGCGGUGUUGGCUCCCGGCCAUGUGGCCGUCUCGAGCCACGCCAACGCUCGUGGCAUUGCUAUGCAGAUUGACAGGGAAGCUCUUCGAAACCUGCACCAUCAAGCUCAGCUUCGCCGGGAAAACUUGGCGAAGCAGGCCGAGGCCGAGCAGCGCGCUGCCGAAGAAGCUCGGCGCGCGAGGAGAAGUUGCCUUGGACGGCUCUGUGGAGGAGGCAAGGACACGCCGCAAUACUGGGACGAAGAGGCGAAGGACGAGGAUCAAGCAGAGGAAGGGGGCCGCACUAACCGAAGGAAACGCGAGGUGGACAAAGCUAAAGCAGAAAAGAUCAAGACGUGGACGAAGGAGCACUUCGUCGCAGUGAAGGAUCUAAGGCGAAAGGAGCUUGAAGCAGAAAUGGCUGAAGCGGAAGACGGCAAAGCCAAGGCACCAAAGCCGGGCUUGCGGGAGCAGCUGGAACUCUUUGUUGCCAACACCAGACGAUUAUUGCAGAGAAUGGCCGGCAUCAAGGAGAUGGAUGAUGAUGCGUUGGCUCUCUACCGAGAACACAUGGAGAAGGAGGCAGCGAAGAAAUCAGCCACAAGUGCUUUGGAAAGACUGAAGUCGGGUAGAGGUGCCAACAGCGUGAUGCUCGUGAAAUCGACCCGAAGUGAAAAGGGCGAUCGGAGCAGGAUCAUGGGACGUGCUGCCACUGUCAAACUGGAGGCAAGAGAGGACUCAGAUGAGGAGGAGGAUGGGAGUGGUGUGGACAAGACCACACAUUUGGAUGGACGGAGUCGUCAUCGUAAGCGGAAGAAGAGGAGAUUGCGAAGGCGAAGGAAGAAGCCUGUUGAAGUUGCUGGAGACGCUUUAGAGGGACCCAGCGAAACGCAGCAGGAGGAGGCUCCGACUCCGAAAUCACCAGCUCAAGACUCCGAUCCAGCGUCUGGCCCAGAGAAAGAGAAGGGUGAAGAGGACGAGGCCUCAAGCGCCAGCGCUUCCUCGUCGAAUGACGAGUCGUCCAAGUCAUCUACGUCAUCCAGCGACACUGAGUCCAGUGAGAAGCGCUGA